GGUGAGUCUGGCCGGAGCGGAGCGCUCCAAAAGCGGGCUGCUCCUGAGUGAGGGUCCGCUGCAGCCGGAAAGCUGAGCGGGAAUAAUGCAGGACGCGGCGGACGGAGAGGAGCCCAUUCUGGCUGGGACUGCCAGGGAAGAGCAGCGUCCAGUGAAGCAGUCCCUGGCUAGCUCUCUAUGUCGGGAAUCACAUUGGAAGUGUCUUCUCCUCACACUGCUUAUGUAUGGUUGUUUUGGCACACUGACCUGGUGUGGAUUAUGUAAGGUUCCUGUCCUCACAGUACCUGUAGAGCUUGCAGCUACAGUAUUGGAAAAUGAAGACCAGUCUACAACUUCAGCUGCUGCUAAUACCUUCAGCCCUGAUGAGUUGGCUCUGGACAGCCCUUGCUCAAGUGGCUAUGUCUACAUUCCUCUGGCCUUUCUGGCAAUGCUAUAUGUUGUCUACUUGGUGGAGUGCUGGCACUGCUACUCCAAAACUGCAAUGCUGGCUCAAGCAGAGGUUGCGGAGGUCUAUGAGCGUGUGCAGAGACUUCAGCAGGCUACACCAUGCAUCUGGUGGAAGGCCAUCAGCUACCAUUAUGUGCGAAGAACCAGACAGGUAACACGUUACCGCAAUGGAGACGCAUAUACCACCACACAGGUGUAUCAUGAACGGGUCAACACACAUGCAGCAAGUUCAGAGUUUGAUUAUGCUAGGUUGGGUGUAAAAGAUGUCUCAAAGGAGCUAAGGGGCCUCAUGGAGCAUCCAGCAGUGCGCCUGCGCUUUACAAAAUGUUUCAGUUUCUCCAGUGCCCGAGCAGAGGCUGCCUACCUCACACAACGUGCACGGUUCUUUGGGGAAAAUGAAGGCUUAGAUGACUACAUGGAGGCACGGGAGGGAAUGCACCUGAAGAAUGUAGACUUCCGUGAACAUAUGCUGGCCUUCCCUGACCCCGCUCGACAACCCUGGUAUGCACGCCGGAGGGUGUUCUGGCUUGCCUCAGCUUUGCUGCUGUCAUGGCCACUUCGUGUUGUGGCAGAAUAUCGCACUGCGUAUGUGCAUUACCAUGUAGAAAAGCUGUUUGGCGAUGAAGAUGACAGCAGCAGAGGGGACGGAAGUGACAAUGGAGGAAUCAAUGAGAAUGUAAAUGGACCUGGAGGAGGUGGCAUUGGAUCGAGCUACCGUGCCAUUUCCAGGGUUAACACCGUUGACAUGACAGAACUUGAGUGGCACAUUCGCUGCAAUCAGCAGAUGGUUCCCAGUUAUUCUGAGGCACUGCUGAUGGAUCCUGGCACAGAUGGUAACCAAGGUACUAACCCGCCUCCCCCUGGGGCAAACUCCAAUACGGGAGGUCCUACGUUGCCUGUGGCCUUUGCCUCAGCCUACCUGCUCCAGAGCUGCCCUCGCUGUCGCCGGUCCACUAGCAGCAUGUCACUUCCUUCCAGGCUGAGAGGCCCAACAGCAGCUUUGCUUACUGGCACUGUGGCUGGGAUGAGGGCUAGCGGAGCAGGAGGUGCUUCUGGAGGUCCAGGCAGGCUUGUGCUAAGCAGAAGUGGCUUUUCAUUGGGUCGUCUCCAGGCCACACGUCCCACAUCUCUGUUCCAUUCCCGCAGUGUGGGUGGAGGUCUAGGAGGAAGAGGGGAGGAGGGGGGAGGUACAGGAGCAGGAGGUGGAGGGUUUCUUGGUUUGAGCUCAAGACAGGAUGAGGAGAGUAGAGGGGUGUUAGAGGGAGAAGGGGAGGAGGAAGAAGAACAGGGAAAUGAGGUGUCUAGGGAGGAGGAGAGAGAAAGACAAGAAGAGGAAGCAGAGCAACCUGAAGAUAGCAACAGAGAUGAAGGAAGAGAGAGUGAAAGGGAUCGGCCUCCUGCAUAUCAGGAUGCAUUUUUCUUCCCUGUGCUAAUAGUGCACGGAGAGGAGAGUUGUCAUUCAGGUGAGGACAUCUCUUAAACAAGAAGUUCGACUUCCAGAAAAAGGAGAAAAUUGGAGGAUGGCUUUAUUAAGAUAGAGGUAGCACUGUUUUUCUAGGGAGGUAUAAGGGACAGUAGGAUCUGAUAGCCUUGGUUGUCAUGUAGAAAUGCUGUGGAGGUUGGAAAAUAUGACUCAUAAUAUCUAUGCAAGAUUGAGAGAAGUCAGGUUAAAUAAGCGAAAGAUACUUAAUUAGUUCUUUCUCCAUUUGUCAUGUUUCAAAAAGAAGAAUAUUAGAGAAGGAAGAAGACUAUGAAAGAAACAAAUAAAAAAAGAAAAUACCUGUGUACAUUUUCCAAAGAAAAUACAUCACAGAAAUCAUAGCUCAUAAUACAAGCAUUUCUGUUUCUGGUUUUCCACUAUCAAGUAACUGCAAUGAUAGACUUAUAAUCUUCAGGUACAACAAAAUCACCGUAAAUGCAGCCUUGGAACCCAAACGGACCACAGUCUUCUGGAAGACACCCCAUCUGUGCAUGUAACUUAAAGUUACCUCAGCCAAUGUGCUAACAACAGACUUGCAAUUUACAGUAUAUCCCAUUUUUCAGCAACAGAAGCAUUACAACCCUGUUUUCUGACCUCCAUCUAUCCAGCUUAGUCUGGUCUUCCUCAAAACAUCCUCAAAAACUCCCGUGUUGCAUGCUGUUUGUGGAGGCUUGGCCGAAGCAAGAUGAUUUUGGGAGAUCUGUUGAACAUGCUGUGGAGCUUUAGCUCAUGAAGGAAGAAGUGUUCCACCUCUGUUGUAUAGCUUGAACCAAGACUUCUCAUUUAAAAUGAGAAUGCUAUAUUCUGGACAUGAAAUGGCUCUGUACCUAGUUGAUAUGACAAGCAUAAAAACGUGGAGAGUGUUCUCAAUGCUGGAAGCUUCAUCACAUCACUUUGGUAUAGUGAAGCACAUUAUGUUUUGGGUACAUUUGCUAUAUUAGUAAGAUUAUUUGUUCUGUAGUGUAUCACCAGUUUUGCCUCAUGAAGGGCUUUGCUCAAAUACUUUGCCUCACAUAGACACCUUGUUUUAUGGGACGUUAUGGUGCAACCAUACAAUACAUUGCCUUCCAUUAUAGCCUCUAUACUUGUCUCUCAUAUUGUGUCACAUUAGCAUGAAUCAGCUAAUCAUUAAUGAAAAUGGUUAGUGUGCCAAGAAAUACUCACUGAUUGCUAAUAAUUGUAUGUAUCAGUGGCCACAGUCUGUACCCAUUUUGCAUAUAGGGCACACAUCUACCCAACAUUUUUUUUAUUUUUGCACAGAUACUCAUAACACCAUAUUUCCUGUUACUCAGUCCUACAUGUUAUAUUUGUUUGAGUGUUUUUAUGUUUGUAUGUAUAUUUGAUGCCUUUCUAUAUUUAGUGCUUGUGGAUCUGGGACUCAUACUACAGUUGCAAUAUGUCACUACUCAAGCUCUAUUGUUUGUCAUAGGAUAAGCAACCAUAUUUGGCAGGUUCACAUUUUCUCACUCUGAAAAAAAAAAGAGAAAAAGAAAAAAAUAUGAUGCUUUUAAGCUUCAGCUCCAUGGAUAGUUAGAGGUUCAAACACAUCCACUCAGUCAUUCACUCAGUUAUGUGAAUGGACAUGCUAUCAUUUAAAAACAUGCAGUCUAAGUAGACCUCCUAGUAGCACUCACAGGAUUCCAUAUUUGGGGAAAAAUCAAAGAGGGAAAAAAAAUGUUCAGGCAAUCUUGUCAGAAUGUUCUGUGCUGCAUAAUGAAUGUUGACUACCACUGAUGUUUUAAUGAGGAAUCACAGACAGAAGAUAUGCCACAAGCAUUUAAAUAAGAGGUUUUGCUCCACAUAUGUAAAGGCUUUAAACUACAGCCACAUUUUACAAGUGUAGAUUUAACUAAACUUGUUCGAUUAAUUAACAUUCCAGUGCAGACAACAGCUGAUUGUUAUGUGUGGUUGUGGAGUUGAUAUACAAGAGUAAGGCAGCUGAGUGUGUUUGUGUGUAGAUGUUUAAAAUAAAUGUGUGAUGCUGUUUUAAUUUUAAUUCCAUGUCAAGGCUUGUGGUGGUGG